AUACAGAAUUGCCAAUAACGUAAUCCCAUGCUAGUCUGGAAUGCCACCAAAAGGUAGAAAAUCACAAAAAAAGCUAAAAGCUCCAAAAUUGGACAAAUGUCCAUGCAACAAAGAUUGUGACAGUCUUUAUCUAAAUUGUUCGAAUUGCGACCAAUGGUGGCACUCUGACUGCCUGGGGUUAGGAAAACAUAAAGAAGAGUGCGAAAUUCUAUCGAUAUAUGCUCAGUCUGAUACAGUCUUUAAUUGUCCCUACUGUAUCAUCAAUAGCAUCACUCUUCAAGCUCCUCUUAAACCCCAAAUAUGUAAAACUAAAGAGGUAAAAGUGACAGUUGAAGCAAAACCAAAACCUACCCCAAAUAAAAGAAGUAAAGAUACAACUGAGGAGGUAAAUCUUGGAAGGAACAUAAUCAUAGUGGAUAAUAUUAAAAACCCUGGUCUAUUCAAAGACAGUAUAACUAUCAAAAAAGAAAUUAACAAAUUUAAACCCUCAGUUAAAAUUACCCAUUGCUAUCAACUUUGCAGAGGAGGCAUAGCUAUCCAUCUAGCAGAUCCGGACCAGCGCAGUCUCCUAUUAAGUAGCUGGCCCGAAGACGCAUUUGGAGGGAGUGGACUAGAUCUGGAUAUUCAUGACAACACACCGUCCCCACGCUGCAUACUGAGAAAUGUAAACCAUAAGGUGACCUCGGAGAAUGUUUCAGCGAUUAUACAAGAACAAACAGGGUUAUCUGUAA